GUAAGAGAGUGAGAAGAAAGAUGACAAGAAAGCAGAGAAAAUUGCGUGUUUGAGUCGUCAUGCUGUCACAUCUGAAGCUAAAUACAGAUAGGUUUUCCUGUCAACCUGCAGACAGAUGUGGGAGCUGCAGCUGCUCUAAACGGAGCUGGAUAGGUCAGCCUGGAGCCAAACGGCAGCAGCAUGCCACCUUAAGCAGCUGUCCACCGUUGCCCAUCUUUCUACCACCAUCUUUCUCCACUUGGUGAAGAUGUAGUCUGUUUGAUCUCCAUGGAGAUGUCUCCAAACACCGCCUCCUCUACCUUGUUGCCGUGGUCACUGUGGUUGCUUUUCUUCCUGACCCACGUCACCCAGACAACAAACUCCGCCCCCCUGUCUGAAACCUCUCUGUCGGUCAACACCACGCUGUUGUUCAACAGUGGCGCCCCGGGCUACAACCUGCGGAACUGCAGCUGCUCCGCACCCGUCCUGGAAUGCGACGAGGCUCUGGCCAACUCGCUGUGCCGAUGCCACACCGUGCUGCGAUCCGCUCUGCCCCCUGCUGGGCUCAGAGAACCUGGACCACUCACUGUGUGGGUGAAGGAGCUCUGGGCUCUGGAGGAGUUGCUGAACCGGAGCAUGGUUGGCCAUUUGCUGUUGUCUUUUUGUGGAAUAAAACCAAUGGACAGUCAGUACCUGGCUCUGUUAGGUCUACAGACCCUCAGGAUCCAUAGUGCAGCCCCAGGAGCUCCCUACCCCGACCAGGAAAUUACAAUCUCCCCAGCAGCAGGGGUGGCCGUGGAGCUAGAGGCCCUCUACUUUGACUUCUCCUCUUCCUACCAUGUGACCUUUCUGGAUGUAGCAGUUCUCAACGGGCUCUCUGUCCUAAAGGCAUACAGUGUUGUGGGACCACCUGCUCAAAGACUCUCUCAACAGUUCCCACACCUGGCCCUGCCCCUUCCUCUGCCAUACUCUACUACUCCUGAUGACCCUACGGACCCCAGUGAGCAGGCUGCACAGCCUCUGCACAACCUGCUUAUUACGUUUGUCUACUAACUACAACAAGUUGCCAUUCACAGGCAUGGUUAGGUUUGGAGUACAAGUGACUAAUGAUGCGUAGGAAUUAUAUGUGUUGUACAGAAAUUCUGCGCAUCAUUUGUCGCUCGCUGGAUGGGUUUUGUUCUCUUUUUGCACAGGCAAAGUUGUGUGUAGUAUAAUAACUUUCAGUAUGACUGUCAGUCAGGCCCAAAGGUGUCUUUGAACAGUCAGAGACGAUGCUUUGCUUUGUGCUAAUCUUCUGGAUCUGGAACACUUCAACACCACGGGUACACUAUGUAUUUACAUGCAUACAUAUUAUCUCAUAGCCCUGUAAUGGCUUUAUUCAGCAGUCUGCUACAUACUUUACACAUCCUGAUUAUCGGUACCACUUAAGGUUGAAAGCUGUACCCAAUGGCUAUUUAAAUGGUUCACAAAUCAUUUGCUGAUGCUUUACAGAUCACAGGGCUGUAAACUGUGGCACUGUUGUGCUUUUACACUGUGCAUUUUUAAUUCACUACAAAUUGAAUAUUUAUUUCCUAACCGUGUUCCAACAACAGUUUGAAUCUCAAAUAGAAAUUGACAACCCUAGUAGAGCAGGUAAGUCUUAAAUAAGAGCAAGUUGUGUUGCCAGAUUGUGAAGAUAUGGGUUCUUAUCAUUUGUGUUUGUUAAUAAUGCAGUUGUAAAUGUUGAUAAUCCAUUAAUUAAUGCUCAUUGAUAUCUUACUUUCUAA